GCUAACUAUAAAAUUGACAGGUUUCUCCAGUAUCCUCACCUAUGUUAAAUAAAUCCCUAAAAUGCCUUAAAGCUAUGAUACACAGCCUGCCACAUCGUCAUCUGUGGUGCUCCAGCCCAAAGCUCAGAUCCAGCUGGGGAACUGCCAAAAUGGUUAUCACGUGAUCGUCAAUCCAUCUCAAAAUUCACCUCUACAAUCCAGCUCCAGUACCAGAACAUGGCCAAGGGAAAGAACAAGACAUCCGAAGAGUCCACUAACAGGACCAGGACCUCUAACGGUCACAAAUCGAAACAGCACCAUAUCAGAAAGGGCAGACAAGAAGCAGGAGCUGCCACCACUAAGAAUGGAAACUUUCCAGUCAAGCUUGCCAUGUGGGAUUUUGACCACUGUGAUCCCAAGAGAUGCAGUGGAAAGAAGCUCGAACGGUUGGGUCUCAUCAAGAACAUGAGAGUGGGCCAAAAAUUCCAAGGUGUUGUGGUUUCACCCAACGGAAAGGGUGUGGUGUGUCCUAAUGAUCUCGAGAUUGUAGAGAGCAACGGGGCAGCUGUGGUCGAGUGUUCGUGGGCCAGGCUAGACGAGGUUCCUUUUAACAAGAUUGGGGGAAAAAAUGAAAGAUUACUUCCUUAUUUGGUGGCAGCAAACCCCGUGAACUACGGAAGACCAUGGAGAUUGAACUGUGUGGAAGCGUUGGCUGCGUGUUUUGCGAUCGUGGGUCACAUUGACUGGGCCGAGAUGUUGCUCGAGAACUUCUCGUGGGGUCUUACGUUUUUAAAGAUUAACGAGGAGUUGAUCCAGGUGUACCAAAAGUGUACAGACUCUGAAUCUGUGACAGAAGCACAGGAGAACUGGUUGAAAAAAAUUGAAGAAGAGGCCAAGGAAAGAAAGGAGAGAGGCCAAGACGAAGAUAUAUGGAUGAUGGGCAAUGUGAAUAAGAAGGACCGCAUAGACAGUGAGACCGACGAAGAUACAGACGACGAAGAAAACGAAGUCCUGGCCAGAAGUGGAAGAAAUGUCAAGUACGACAGCCUAGGCAACAUCAUACCGGAAGAUGAUGACGAAGACGAAGAUGAAGACGAAGAUGAGUCGUCAGAGGAGUACGACAACUUGGGCAACAGAAUAGAGAAAGUCAAGUACGAUUCCUUGGGCAAUCUCAUAGAAGAUGAAGAAGAAGAAUCGGAAGAUGAAGAGUCCGAGGAAGAGGUCUAUGACUCGUUGGGAAACUUGGUCAAGCCAAACGUCCAGUACGACAGCUUGGGUAAUGUCAUAGAAAACGUUUCCAAAAUGACGGUUUGACCGAGGAAAAGGUAGUAUAUAGGUCGGAAGUUGCUAGCAAAUAUAAUCCUUAGAGAACUUGAA